CAACCGGGCUGACAGACUGACAGACGGUCGGAGCUCCUGGCCCCCCAGACCCAGGCCCCCACGCUGACCUGCUUCACUGAGCAGGACUGGGUGAUGGUGUCGCUACUCCCUCCGCAGUCUGACGUCACACUGCCAGGCUCCACCCGACUGGAGGGCGAACCCCAAGGGGACCUCAUGCAGGCUCCGGGCCUCCCGGUCUCUCCUGCCCCACAGAGCAAGCAUGCCAACUUCAGCUGCUCGUCGUUUGUGCCUGAUGGUCCUCCGGAGAGGGCACCCUCAUUGCCCCCACACAGCCCAAGCAUUGCCUCUCCAGGCCCAGAGCAGAUCCAGAGCCACUGCACAGCCGGACCUGGCCCAGGCUCCUUCCGCCUUUCUCCCUCAGACAAGUAUCCUGGCUUUGGCUUUGAGGAGGGACCAUCAGGUACCCCAGGGCGCUUCCUCAAGGGCAACCAUGUGCCUUUCCACCCCUACAAGAGGCAUUUCCACGAGGACAUCUUCCCUGAGGCCCAGACGGCCAUGGCCCUUGAUGGACACUCCUUUAAGACUCCAGGGGCACUGGAAGCUUUUGAGGAGAUUCCUGUGGAUGUGGGAGAUGCUGAGGCCUUCCUGCCUAGCUUCCCAGCAGAAGCUUGGUGCAAUGCACUCCCUUACCCCAGCCAGGAACACAGCCAAGUUCUGCAGGGGUCAGAGGUCAAGGUCAAGCCCCAAGCUGUGGACAGCGGCCCUGGGAUGUACUGCUACCAGCCUCCCUUACAGCAUAUGUACUGCUCCUCUCAGCCUGCCUUUCAUCAGUACUCCCCAGGUGGGGGCGGCUAUCCUGUGCCCUACCUGGGCUCGGCUCACUAUCCCUAUCAGAGGAUUGCACCCCAGGCCAGCGCUGACGGGCACCAGCCACUCUUCCCCAAGCCCAUCUACUCCUACAGCAUCCUCAUCUUCAUGGCCCUUAAGAACAGUAAGACCGGAAGCCUUCCAGUCAGCGAGAUCUACAAUUUCAUGACGGAGCACUUCCCUUAUUUCAAGACGGCGCCCGACGGCUGGAAGAAUUCUGUCCGCCACAACCUGUCUCUUAACAAGUGCUUUGAGAAGGUGGAGAACAAAUCAGGAAGCUCCUCUCGGAAGGGCUGUCUGUGGGCCCUCAACCCUUCCAAAAUCGACAAGAUGCAGGAAGAGCUGCAGAAGUGGAAAAGGAAGGACCCCAUCGCUGUGCGGAAAAGCAUGGCCAAACCAGAAGAACUAGACAGCCUCAUUGGAGACAAGAGGGAGAAACUGGGCUCUCCACUGCUGGGCUGUCCACCCCCUGGGCUGGCAGGACCAGGCCCCAUCCGGCCCCUGGCAUCUCCCGCUGGUCUCUCCCAGCCUCUGCACGCAAUGCACCCAGCUCCAGCUCCCAUGCCUGGCAAGAGCCCGCUGCAGGACCUGCUGGGAGGUCACGCACCCUCCUGCUACGGGCAGACCUACCCACACCUUUCUCCCAGCCUGGCCCCUUCUGGACACCAGCAGCCACUGUUCCCCCAGCCGGAUGGGCAUCUUGAGCUGCAGGCCCAGCCAGGCACCCCCCAGGACUCACCUCUUCCUGCCCACACACCACCCAGCCACAGUGCCAAGCUGCUGGCUGAGCCCUCCCCAGCCAGGACCUUGCACGAUCCUCUGCAGCCAGAUGGAGACCUUGGCACCGACCUGGAUGCCAUCAAUCCCUCUCUCACCGACUUUGACUUCCAGGGAAAUCUGUGGGAGCAGCUGAAGGAUGACAGCUUGGCCCUGGACCCCCUGGUGCUGGUGACUUCGUCCCCGACGUCAGCCUCCAUGUUGCCACCCCCACCAGCCGCCCAGUGCUUUCCCCAAGGGCCCUGUCUGGCAGAAACAGGCAAUGAGGCAGGUGAACUGGGGCCUCCAGGCAACGCGGGCUCCGGCGCGCUGGGAGACCUGCACCUCAGCACCCUCUACUCGGCCUUUGUGGAACUGGAACCCACUUCCUCCUCAGCUGCUGCCAGCCCUGCUGUGUACCUCAGCCCCGGCUCCAAGCCAAUGGCUCUGGCUUGAGCUGUGCCCAACAUCAGCUCCAGUCUCUGCCUGGACUGGAGUCCCAGCUGGCUGCCCAUAAAGGGCUCAUCUUCAAGGUCAAAGAAGGAAAACACUAACUGUCUCCUACGCCACUCAGCCAACGUCCUUGUUAGCCGGAAGCUGGGGGAUGCAGCCAGGAUGCCUCCUGGUGGACCCGCUCCUCACACAAGGCCCCAGCGAGGGCCGUGUAGGGAAGGAAGCGCCAGCGCGCCCCCUAGCGCCAACUUACUCGAACCUCAGUUUCGAGCGUGCUCGAAAGCUCAUGAGUCUGGCCCUCAGAGAAAGGCGUGGACUAUCACAGUCUGGCUUGACUUCUGGGGGCAGCUGAGAGCUAAAAGCUUUGGUUAGCAAAGCUCAGGGCCAGUGUGACAUGUCAAAGAUCCCGCCUCCCUAAACCCUAUCUAAUUCCUGUGUGCUCUGCUGGCCUGUCCCACUCCAGUCACGUUCGCUCCCAGAAGUCUGUAUUUAUUCUCCCGUCUUUACCCUCACAGCCCACAAGGGCUCCUCCCAUGUGGCCUGUGAACCCUUGGGGGGACUGCUACUUCCUAUCCAGACCUUUCCCAUCCGUCCUCAGUAUGUACUCUGGCUGGCCGCCUCCAGGGAGACACACAGAAGGGACAGCCUCUACCCUGGGACCAAACUGAGCCCAAAUCCAACACAGAGUGUUUGGAACAGCCCUUGUCCUCAGAAACUUGAACACAUCCUCCUCUCUUAGUCUCAGCCACAGGAAGGGUCCCCUCCGGGUUGCCAUAGUCUCACUCUUUCUCAAAGAGAAGUUCACAGAGUCCAGGCCCCAGCGUACUUACUAGUUGCUGUCCACUGUCUCUAGCAUCCUCCGUAACCAGAGACUGCAGCCUGCUACAGGAUGGGGGGGGGGGCCGCACACGCCUGCAUAGCAGACUUGGGACACCCGGGCAGCAGGCAGAAUGUCCGUGGAGCUGGGCUUUGACUCACAUGCCCGCCAUGGCUCACUAAGUGGGAGCCUCAGCCUUCCCUGGGCCUGAGGGUAACAUGUACCUCCGUAGGCGGUCCCCAAGCUCACCCAGGGUGAGCCAAUCAUCUCGGUCAUCUGCCAUUGUCCCCCACCCCCGUCCUAGAGCAAUAAAGUAAGUGCCUGAUGGCCACA